AUGCCUAAUUCCGAAUUUGGCUCGUAUCAUGCCUGAAGCCAAUACCUUAUUCAAUGAUGGCUAUAGGCUCAAUGUGACUUAAAAGCAGGCAGUCUGCCCCAUGACUCUGGAAAUCUUUCUCUUUGUCUAUCUAACCAAAACUAAAAUCAAUGAGACUCUCUUCGAUCUUCACUACUCUUGCUACUGCUCUCUCGGUCUCUUCUGCUCCAGUUUCGAAUGAGAGCGAGUGUUCUUCCAACAAGACCAUUUUGCUUACUAAUGAUGACGGUUGGGCUUCUACCAACAUCCGUGCAGCUUAUAGAGAAUUGAAGAGUGCCGGUCACGAGGUGAUCUUGGUUGCCCCAGUGCAACAAAGAUCCGGUUACGGAGGUCAAUUCGGCUUGCCUACUAGCAAAAACUUAACUGCUGGCGGUGAUUUCAACUACCCACCCGCAGGUGCGCCUUCCUGGGGCCAUGAAGAUAACGACAUGAACAUCUGGUACUUCAAUGGUACCCCAUCUUCGUGUGUUGCCUUUGGUUUGAACUACAUUAUUCCAGAGUACUUCGGCAACAAAACCAUUGACUUGGUUGUUGGUGGCCCCAAUGAGGGUACCAACUUGUCUCCUGGCUUGUACACAUUGUCGGGAACUGUUGGUGCCAUCUACUCCGCUGUCAACAGAGGCAUUCCAGGAAUUGCGUUCUCUGGUUCCAUGACCAACAACUCGUUCUUCCAGGAUGAUAUCAGCUACCAAAACGACACCAAUUUUGGUGCUAACAUCUUGGCCAAGAAGGUUGUUGAUCUUGUGGACACCUUAUUUGAGUCUUUCCAGAACAGACCAAACAUGAUUCCAGUUACUACUGGUAUCAACGUCAAUUUCCCUGCUGUGGGUGAAGACUGUACCGACCCAGAGUACGUUUACACGAGAAUGACUGGUAUCGACUCCGAGAUCCCCGACCUCACUUUCAACGAGACCAGCGGUAUGCCUGUCUGGAAGUACGGUCUGUAUGAAGCCACCACUAAGUGUGUCUUUGGUGACUGUGAUUUGCCAUCCGAGUCUUGGUUGUUGGCUGAGGAAAAAUGCAAGUCCUCCCUUACCUUGUUCUCAAUUGACUACGAUGCUAGCUACAAGCAAUCACAGGCGGUCAAAUCCUUCUUGGCCCCAAUUUUUAAGUGAUGGCCCAGUACUUGAAAGAAGCAUGUCAAUGUAUUCUCUGGACGCGUGGUGAACGUCAAAAUAGAUAGAUCAGGCAUCCACGUAUACCCAAAUAAGAACAUGAAAUUGUCCCUAUCCUGGUCACGUGCUGUAGUUGCAGGUGCGAGGUCUCUUGAUUGGUUCUUUUGGACUUUAAAAGGAGCAUCUAGCAGGUCCAUACGUAUUCAUGUACCAUUCUUUGGAAAAAAGCAUACGUUGCCCAGAUCCAAAGCUAUCA